GGCGGUGGUAGUGGUAGCGGUGGUGGCGGUGGUGUUGGUGGCGAUGGUGGUUUAAGGUUUUUAUAAGGUUUUAUAAGGUUUAGUACAAAUAUGAAAAUUCAUAAGGCAUAUUCUGCCGAGCCGAAGCUCCCUGGCAGAAAGACAAUGAAGUUCGGGUGAUUCACUCAGCACUGACUGGCAACACACAAAUAAUAUAGGUGAUUAUAAUUAUAGAAGUAAUAAUCAGUAAAUUUGACAAUAUUUUUAUAAUAAAAGAGCAAACUAGUAACAAAGAAAAUACAUAAACAUAAAUACCUUGAACUUUCUUUUGUUAUUAUAUGCUAAAGAACCAUUUUUAAAUUAUAGUUGUAGAAAGUAGUGGCAGGUAGAAUCAAAUCAUUAUUUGGUGGCGGUGGUGAUGGCAGUAGUAGUCGUAGUGGUGGUGGUGGUGGUGGUAGUGGAGGGUGGUGGCAAUAAUGAUGUGUGUUGCAGAAGGGCUGUGUUUCCUUGAGAGAGUGAGUACGAGUCUCUUGCAGUACCAGUAGUAGUAGUAGUAGUAGUAGUAGUAGUAGUAGUGGUAGUAGUAGUAGUAGUAGUAGUAGUAGUAGUAGUAGUAGUAGUAGUAGUAGUAGUAGUAGUAGGAGUCGUAGUAGUAACAGUAGAAGUAGUAAUAGUGGUAGCAGUGAUGGUGGUGGUGGAGGGUGGUGGCAAUAAUGAGUUAAUAAGAAGUAGGUGGGGUAGGUGAGAUAUUUUGUGUGAGAGAAGAAUGUGUAACACUGGAAAGGAAGAAUGCAGAUGAACUGGAUGAAAGAAUCAAUAGGGAUGAAGUGGAGAGGUGUGUGAGAAGGCAGAAGAAUGGCAAGGCAGCAGGUCCAGAUGAUAUACCCUAUGAGUUCUACAAGAAUGGUGGGGAGGUAGUGAUAGACAGAAUGACUGAGUUAUUCAACCGAGUGUGGGAUGAAGAGAGAGUGCCAAGAAAGUGGAAUGAGAGCCGAGUGUGUCUGUUGCAUAAGGGAGGAUUUAAGAGUAAGAAUGAGCUGAAGAACUACAGGCCAAUUGCAUUAGUGAAUACAGUAGGUAAAGUUUUCAGUGCAGUGUUGAAUGAGAGACUGUGUAAAUGGAUUGAGAGAGCUGGAGUGCUGGGUGAAGAACAGAAUGGUUUUCGUAGGGACAGGAGAGCUGAGGACAAUAUGUUUGUGGUGAAUGAAAUGAUUGAGAAGAAAAAGAAGGAUGGGGGUAAAUUGUACCUAGGUUUUUUGGAUAUAGAGAAAGCUUAUGAUAGAGUGAACAGAGAAAUGUUAGGUAGAGUCUUAGAAAAGAUUGGAUUGAGUGCAAAGAUAGUUAACGUAGUGCAAAGUAUGUAUGUGGACACAAGAGCUAGAUACAGGCUAGGAGACAUAGAAACAGACUGGGUGAAGAGUGAGAGAGGAGUUAGGCAGGGCUGUAUAUUGUCACCAACCCUUUUUAGCCUGUAUACAGAGGAGCUAGCAGCCAGGAUGAGAAGAAUGAAUGUAGGGGUAAGUGUGGGGAAUGAUAAAGUAUGUGUGCUCCUUUAUGCAGAUGAUGUAGUUGUUAUGAGUGAAUCGGCAGAUGAGCUUCAAAGUUUGUUGGAUGUAGUGGAUGGCUAUGGUAAAGACUUUGGAGUAAGGUUUAGCAGUGAGAAAAGCAAAGUAAUGAUUGUGAAUAGGUCAGAGGAUGAAAGUAAUGUGGUAUGGAGACUUGGAGAGAAUGAGUUGAGAUAGGUGCAAGAAUACAAGUACUUAGGGAUGUGGAUGAGUCCUAGUGGGUGUGCAAAGGCAAAGAAUGAAAAGAUAAGUAUGGUAAACCAGUGGGUAGGUCGAUUGGGAAGCGCGGCAAGGAUGAGAGCAAGUAAGUAUGAUGUGUUGAGAGAAGUGUGGAAGAGUGUGGCUGUGCCAUGUAUAAUGUAUGGUAUGGAUGUGAUUGCAUGGAAGGAAAGUGAAAUUGAUAAGUUAGAAGUGGGCCAGAACAAAGUAGCAAGGAUGGCACUGAGUGCACCGAGGUGCACAGCAGUUGAAGCCUUGAGAGGUGACAUGGGAUGGAGCACCUUCAGAGAAAGACUCACAAAAGCCACACUUAGGUACAAGAUUAGGCUUGAGAGAAUGGAUGAUGCAAGAAUAGCAAGGAAGGUGUACCUGUGGAAUGAAAGUGGAAGCAAAUGGAGGAAGAGAUGCAUGAGAAUGACAGACAGGAAUGAAUUGCAAGUUGUGUGGGCGAUAAGAAUGGCUGCUAGGAAUCAAAAUGAGCGUGAAUGGGUGGUAACAAGAGGAGGAAGAGUGGGAGCCGAAUGGGAUGUGAGAAAAUGGAAGAAUGAGAUAGACAAAGAAGUGAAAUGUGUGGGACUGAAUGAAUGGAAGACUGAGAUGGAAAGAAAGAAGACCCUGGAAUGGUACAAGGAGAAAGAGGCCCCGAGGUAUGAAAGGUGGUAUGAUGGAAGCCUGGGCGGUGAUCUUCUCUUCCGAGCGAGGGCACAGUGUAUGGAUGUGAAUGCAAGGAGUUACAGGUGGUCUGAGUCCCGCAGCAAAGUGUGCCAGAUGCGUGACAUGGGAGAGGAUGAGACAGUGGAACAUGUGGUGCUGGAGUGUGUGCAGUAUGCCAGAGACAGGAAUGAGAUGAUGCAAGUGAUACUGACUGAGUUAGGGCAUGAUAGGAAUGAAAGAGUGGAGAAGACAGGAAAGGAAUGGAUGGUGUUGUUGCUGGGACUGUGUAGAGAGGCCAAUGAAAGGAUGAUUGAGGCGGUGAAAGAGUUUCUGGAGAGAAUGUGGCGUGCCAGGUGUAUGAACAAUUAGGAUAGAGGAUGCUGUUCGUUUCUCUCUUUUUUUUUUUUUUUUCCCUUUCUACAGGAGUUGCCGAUCCAAAGGCCUGGCUCAGGAGUGAUCCUGUGCCACCUGUACCAUCAAGAUCAAGAUCAAGAUGGUGAGUCUGCGUACAAAAUUGCAUCGGAGGGGUUGAUAGAGGCAGCCACAAUUAUCCAUCAUCAUCGGCGACACCAUGGCUCUUGAGAAGACCUCCUCUUCUCUCUUCCCAUCUCUUCCUCCUCCUAGCCCAACCAAGCCUAAUUCUCUCUCUCUCUCUCUCUCUCUCUCUCUCUCUCUCUCUCUCUCUCUCUCUCUCUCUCUCUCUCUCUCUCUCUCUCUCUCUCUCUCUCUCAGACAGACAGACCUCAAUGACAGCGUGGUGAGCGAGGAGGGGGAGUCAACCAGCAGAGUAGGGGAGCAUGACCCCUACUUUGAACCAGUGGUGACCUUGCUGGAGGUCUUCGUGGUUAGUGAUGAUGACCAGGAGGAGGAAAUGAUGAGACUGAGUUUCGAGAUCAGGCAGUACAAGCUGUUUCAUUAUCACACCUCUGAGUCGCCCCCACAGUGGAAGGAACGGGGCAUGGGGGCCAUUAACAUUCUGAGGAACAAGCAGAAGAAGGCUGUGGAGUUUGUUCAGCAGCAGAAUUAAUGCCAGUGGUUGAGUUCAGAUCCUCCAAGACACACACACACACACACAGCAGCCCCUCCACCUCCCCACAGCCCUCCACAGCCCCUGACACAGCAUCUGACACAGCCCCUUCACAGAACACCACAUACCUCACACAUACAUAAGAACAUAAGAACAUAAGAAAUAAGGGAAGCUGCAAGAAGCGACCAGGCUUACACGUGGCAGUCCCUGUAUGAAAUAUACCUACCUAUUUCCAUCUGUUAUCCCCAUCCAUAAACUUGUCUAAUCUUCUCUUAAAGCUCUCUAGUGUCCUAGCACUAACAACAUGAUUACUGAGUCCGUUCCACUCAUCUACCACUCUUUUUGAGAACAAUUUUUUUCCUAUCUCCAUCCUAAACCCAAAUUUUUCAAGCUUGUACCCAUUAUUUCUUGUUCUACCCUGGUUGCUGAUCCUAAGAAUUUUGCCUACAUCCCCCUUGUUAUAACCCUUAUACCACUCAAAGACUUCUAUCAGGUCCUCUCUUAACCAACGUAUCUCUAAAGAAUGUAAAUUUAACAGCUUCAACCUCGCCUCGUAAGGAAUACUCCUCAUCCCCUGUAUCCUUUUAGUCAUUCUCCUCUGUAGUGAUUUUAAUAGACCUAUAUCUUUCCUGUAAUGUGGGGACCAGAACUGCACAGCGUAGUCUAGAUGAGGUCUGACCAGCGCCAAGUAUAACUUUAAUAUUACUUCCGGCCUUCUACUUUUAACACUCCUAAAAAUCACACACACCACAGGAGCCUCACAAACAGUCUCACAGCCUUCACAAGCAGCCCCACACUCCACCACAGACACACCAGACCCACAGCCCUUCACCUCACCCACUUCCCAGCCCCCCACAGCCCCCCGGCCACCACAGAUGAAGUCAAAGGGAGGGACUGUGGCUUCACCCAGCCAGCCAGGACAGCCUACAGAGAGGGGGUAGUCCCAGUCAAGUCACAAAAUAUAGGCUUGGUUCUUCCUACAGUUUGAAGUCAAUGAUUGGACAGGCCAGACAGCUUAGUGGCAGAGCUGCAGGUGGUCCUCGUCAGCUUCCUGGUGGCACAGGUGUAGGACGGCUGGGAGCAGUGGAGGUGCCUGAUGGGGCAGCUGUGCCGGGCAGAGGGGCUGCUACUGCUGCUGCUGCUGCUGCUGCUACUGCUGCUGGGGAGAGCCACACUUGUAUGACCCAUGGUUACUGACCUCGACUCAAACACCAUCGUGGCACUCUCUUCCCUGUUAAACUUGCCGGGAUCCAUUGUAAUGUAAGGGGUAUUGAAUGUGAGCGAUGAAACAAGAAGGUAGUGGCAAGGGGGAAAUGUACAGGGGAGCGCAGGAGAGACGCCUCUCUCCACUGUGCCUGACAGUCUCUCAGUGAUUGAAAGACUGAGCAUAACAUCUUCAGGGCACGUGGUAACACGGAGAGGAAGUGGAAGAAAGCUUGGAACGCUCCCAUAACUCAGGAGCAAGAGGUACACCAUACUGGAACCUUGUGACUGACAGAUCUCACUUGUGUUGGCUAACAUUCUGUCUGCAAUCAGUCCGGUAGUGCCAUGUUGCAGGCUCUGACGUCAGGAAGAGCCAAAUGGAGGGUGUGUCUACAGCCAGUACUGGGUGUGCUGCUGCUGUACAAGUGCCCCAAGCCAGCUGACUCCACCAGUGUAUUAUCUAGUCCAGGUUGCAUUGCUGUGUGUAUGACUUGUAUGUCUUUGCCAAUAAAUAAAUUUGUGACUACUAUUAUAUAUGUGAAAUAAAUAUAUAGUUUGCUAACAACAAUGUGCUGGUAUAGUGUAAAAUAAAUAUUUGGUGGUAACAAUUCAUGCCCUCAAGGUAAUAAAAAAAAAGUGCCAGGAUUGGCCCAAGGCCCAAAAAUAAAGUUUAAGGUAUGAUUUGCACAGAAGCCCCAUCCCAACGACACCAGUUGCUGGCACAGGGCUUCUAUGCGUUUUUUUUUCAGGGCAUGACCUGUACUCUGCCUGAAACUUUAUUUACACAAGAUGGAAUACUGAAUGUUUAUUGUUUUACUGUGAAUGUUAAGUGAAUAAAUACACAACAGGAUAAUAAACAUG